UUCUGCUCUUCUCGCUUAAACUUCUGCCCUUCUGUCUACUCAUUUUGGAGCUCAAGUCGAUCGAAGGGUAGAAAGAGAGUGCAUAUGUGUGCGUGUGAGAUUUGAUGGUGACUGCGCCCCAAUUUUCGGCUUCAAGGGAGAAUGAGGGAGUUGCAUUGCCCGAAACCCUAGCUUCAUGCGAGGGCUCGAAGACAAUGGCUAUAGAGGGAAAACGGAGAGCGGAGAUUGACACCUCGGCUCCCUUUGAAUCCGUUAAGGAGGCCGUAGAUCUGUUCGGAGGGAGUGCCGUCUGGAAAUCUCAGCUCAAGCAGCUCUUCCACCCUGGCAAACAUCAUUCUGCUGAGGAGCUAGAGUUUAGGAAUGUUCAGGAACAGACUUCUCGGGUGGUGAAGGAUCUCAUGGCAAAAGAACAAGAGACUCUUCAGGCUUUGAGUGAACUUGAAAUGACUAAAAAAAUUGUUGAUAGAUUGAAAUCCCAAUUACAUGAAGAAUCGUCUCAAGUAUAUAUAUUUACUGAAUCAUUAUCAGGUGAUGUAAAGUUCCAACCCGCCGUGGAUCACAAAGGAGAAAUUACACGUGUGGAUUCACUCCAUGCAGUUAUGCAUGCAGUGCCGUCUCCUGGUUCAAUUUUAGUCGAGCUCAAGCAAGCAAAGAUGAAUCUGGGAAUGACAACAAGCAAUCUGGCUGACAUACGAACUUCCAUUAAAUCAUUCAACCUUAAAGUAGGGGAGGAGAAAGCCUUACUCAAGGAAACCGUUGAAAAGCUUUCGUUGAAAAGAGCUAAUGUCUCUUCCUUAGAAGAAGAAUUGAAGCAUAUUACCUUGAGGUUGCAGUUCACAAAAGAUGCAAAAGAUAUACGUAAUGACGAUCCUGCAUGUACCUCAGUGGAGAUCAACCAUCUGCUUUUUGUGAGGGAACAGUUUAGGCAUGCAACCGAAGCUUCUAAGUCUGAAGUAUUCAGGCUAACUCAUGAGAUUGAAGAUAUGAAGGCUGCCAUUAAGGCUACUGAAAUUAGGUGGCUAGCUGUGAAGAAGAUGGAAGAAGAAAGCAAAGCUGCUGAAGCUGCUGCACUUGCUCAGAGUAAAGCUCUAUUAAACUGCAACAGUUCAACUGCAUGUUUGCAAAACAACUCUACAGUAAUCUUGUCGAUUAAAGAAUAUGUCCAGCUAACUCAGAAAGCUCAGGAGGCUGAUGAAUCCUCAAGGAAUAAAAUUGAAGCUGCCUUGCUCGAGCUAGAAAGAGCAAACCAAUCUAAGCUGGAACUGAUGGGUAAAAUUGAGGAAGCUACAGAAGAUUUAAAAACCAGGAGGAAGGUCUUAGAAGAGGCUCUGAGCAGGGUAGAAACCGUAAACAGUGGAAAGAGGGCAGUUGAAGAAGCUUUUAGGAAAUGGAGAUCUGAGCAUGGGCAUAAGGGACGCCAUAUUUACAACACUACCAAAUUUAAAAACUCUUACCCAGGUCAUCAUAAACGAGACUCCAAUAUGCUUGACUGUAAUGAGAUGAAUUUGAUUACAGAUGAUCCAAGGAAUGGGUUGAAGCAUACAUUAUCUAUAGGAGAAAUACUUAGUAGGAAAUUAGUAGGUCCUGAUGAUUAUAAUAUAGGAAUAUCUGAUAGAUCUAAUGGCAAAGCUACAGUUUCACUUGGUCAAUUAAUAAAUAGAAGAACGGGAGUUCUAUCUCCUCAGAAUGGUCGUGGACCUACUCUCAAGUUGCAUACCAGGAUGAGGAAGAAAUUUGUCUUUGUAGGUUUAUCGCAUGUCUCGAUAAAUGACGGCUUGAGGAAGAACAUGAAGAGAAAACAGAUUCCGGAUCUCAGGUAAUGCUUAAUGGAGGAAAGCUGGUAGGUUUAGCGUUUUCCAAGAAUUUUCAGUUAUAUAUUAGGUAUUAUUUCUGUUGUUAACUGAGCAAGUGAAAUUAUCCUUGGCAAUUAGAGGAUGGAUUCCUCACCGGCGUAGUGAUGUUACUUUAUCUGUUAUGUUUGUAAUCAUACCUGUUCUAAUUCUGGUCGAUAUCCUUGCAACUUAGGUUUCUUGUCCUCUUUGUUAAGUUUACAUUGUCUUAGUGUACUCAAGUUGAGGUA